UGCUCUCUCUACAUUUUAUCAUAAUAAUGCCCCAAACCCCUUCUUCUCUUCUGUCUCUCUCUUCACCGGCGGUGCGGAGAUGGCGGCGGUAGGGGUGGUGGAGGAAUUAUCUAAUUGGUGACUUUACCAGACGCGUAUUUCAAAAGAAGAAAAAGUGUGGUUAAAAGAUGUCAGGAUUGGUUUUUUUACUUUUGAUGGCGUGUGAAAAUGAGUAUAUCUGUGGGAUGUAGUAGCAAAACCCUAUUUCUCUUUCCAAUUCCCAGUUUCUGCUGCCGUCCACGAUGGAAAGAAAUUUCUUUUUACUAGAAAACGAAAGGUUGCACAGAAGGUGUUCGAUGAAAUGUCAGACAAAAGAAAAAAAAUGGAAAAUUUUUCAGGAGGAUUAAAAAAAAUGGUUUUUUUUUUUUUGUGGAUUCCAUAAAUGGGUGGGCUUUAAGGUGAGAGAUCUGACGACUUAAUGGGAAAUUGUUGAUGGGUUUUGUUUUGUUUUGUUGGGUUCGCAAUUUGAAUGAAUGAAUGAUGGUGAGUGUGUUAGGAGAUGGAGAGGAAGAGAGAGCAAAAGGGCAGGAGAGUGACAGAAGAGAGUGAGCACACGCUGCAGCCAAAUGUAUGAAAGGCAUACCUUUGCGGGUGCGUGCUCACUUCUCUUUCUGUCAGCUUCCCCGUAAUUUUCCCUUCUGCUCUCUUCUUCUCUCUCUCUAUCCUUCUUUUUUUCUUUCCCUCUGGUUCAUGCUGUCAGAAAGGCCAGAUGUCCAUCGGCUAUCGCUCCGUUUCUCUUCCUAGAGUACCCUCUUCUGUUUUUUACUCCUCUAAUGGACAAAUGAAACAAUGAGACUGGUGAAGUUGAAGCGGCCACUUCGAAGUUUCAAGCGGUGCCACUGUAGUGUACAAUUUCGCCUUUCACACUCUUAAUUUGUCAGUUUGUUCUCAUCCUUUCCAAUAUUUAUUAAUAUAUACUAUAUAUUGUUUGGCUAUUGCAAUUUUCCAUAGAAAUUCAUCCUUUCCAAUAUUUAUUAAAAUAUUAUAUACUCUUUGGCUAUUGCAUUUUUCCAUGGAAAUUCGAAAACCAUUUUCCUUUUCUUUUUCUAUUUCUUAACAUUGAUUUCCAUGGAAACUUAUUAGCGCGACUUUUGAUGGUCCUCUCCUGCUUAUAUAUGGAAUUUUUGAAGGUACAAAACCAUUUACUGUUCAUUAUUUAACGGAAAAUCCUUCAAAAAAUCGUUGUUGUUUAGUGCAAAACCCUGAUUACUGUUCCCAUCUAAACCGUAAACUCCCGGCUAUGUUUUGAGGUUUCUUUUGUUUUAGGCGUAUAGGCCACGCUCUGUGUUUUUAUUUUAUAUAUUUAUUUUGAUUUCCUGAGAUUUGGGUUAUUCUAUAUCUGACAAAAUAUUUCUUUCACUCUUGAGAAUAUUGGAAUCCGCGGAAAUAUUUAUGCAGGCAUUAUUUUUCGUUGCUGAAGAGUUUUACAGAUUUUGUUUUGGUAUUUACUUUCCUAAAACGAAAAAUUUCUUGCCGUUGUGGGGUACUACUUGGAGAAGGGUGUGACUCAAGUGCUGAAUAUGGCAACAAUCUCUCGUUUUGGAUGUCUGAAAGGCCUGCUAUUUUCUAGUCCCAGAUAUGGAGUUUCCAAUCCAGAAAAUUUCCCCAUUCAGCACUUGUUUGACGUUGGGAGGCAACAGAUUGCUUAUGUUUCUCUUCACUUCAGAUUAACUAUCACCAUCGCCACCCCCAUUGUCCGCUAUAGAGAUUGGAGAAGGCCCAUUUCAGGGUUCUAAAGCUUUUCCAUAUCUGGAUGCCAUAAAGACUGGCACCUUUGGUCACGACCUAAUGGAAGUCCUAGAUUAAAAGGUGGAAGUUGAUUCACCCCACAACCCACCACGAGAAGCCUAUAGGCUCAACUUUGCAAGGUCAUGAUUUAAGUCUAUGAUGGAAUUUUAUCCCUGAUGAUAUUGAAACACGAAAUACCUUUGAAGGACAAAAGACCUUUAACAUUGUCAAAGGAACUUUUCUGGGUAAACAGAAAAAGCACAUCAUCAGCAAACUGAAGAUGAGACAGCUGGAUUGACUCCUCAUCCACCUUAAAACCCAGGAUGACAAACUGUAAUGCUUUCCUUUUGAUCACUGUCAAUCUUUUGGUACUCACUAGUAACCUCAUCCAUUUUAUCACUGCAACAUGAGAACCGCCAUGAAACAAGAGUUCUCGAGUAUGAUUUCGAAAGCCAAAACGAAUGCAGUUGGAGAAACUUUAGAUUCAAGCUGCAUCACUUGUCCACUCCCUAUUAAUGGAUGUAGUAGACAAGGAAGGAGUUUAACCUCGAAAUUCAAAGGUGUUGUGCCUCAGCAGAAUGGCCACUGGGGUGCUCAAAUUUACGCUAAUCACCAGCGUAUUUGGCUUGGUACAUUCAAGUCUGAAAAUGAGGCAGCCAUGGCAUAUGAUAGUGCUGCUAUCAGAAUCAGGAGUGGAGAUUGUCAUAGAAACUUUCCUUGGACAAAAGUCACUAUUGAAGAGCCUAACUUUCAGAAACUUUACACUACAGAAACUUUGCUUAAUAUGAUAAAGGACGGUUCUUACAGAACUAAAUUUUCUGAGUAUUUAAGGGAUCGUUCUGAAAGCACACAAACGUCGGCCAGUCCCUCCACAGAAAAGGCGCAUAACAAUGGAGGGACAUCUAUUAAGCAACUUUUUCAAAAGGAGCUAACACCUAGCGAUGUUGGUAAGUUGAACAGAUUGGUUAUACCAAAGAAGUACGCUGUUAAGUACUUCCCUCGAAUAUCAGCUAGUACAACAGAAAAUGUGGAACACGUUGAUGAUGAUCGCGACUUGCAGCUAUUAUUUUUUGACAAAAUGAUGAGACAAUGGAAAUUUCGCUACUGUUACUGGAAAAGCAGCCAGAGCUAUGUUUUUACGCGUGGUUGGAAUCGCUUUGUGAAGGAAAAACAACUGAAAGCUAACGACACAAUAGCUUUCUACUUAUGUGAAGCAGCAAAGUCAAGUGAUUCUAAAACUACAUUUUGUGUGGUAGAUGUUAAAAACCGUGACAACAGUGGUGGCCUGGUUGAGAAUGAAACCACAUGUAGCGAAUUGCAGCUCAAUUUGAGGCAUGGAGAAGUUGAGGAAUCGGUCUCGCCUAAGCACAUAGACGAUGAACUAAAAGAUGAACGUGAAGUUAAGGGCUUCAAACUGUUUGGAGUGCAUAUUAAGUGAAAGUAAGUUUUGCUAUUCUACUCCGAUGAUUUCUUUUCCAUUUUUAGUAACUUUUUUAGUGUUUAAACCGCAUGCCUUAAAGAAAGUUCAUUUAAGGUAUUCUUAGGAGAUUCUUUUUGGAACAAUGCUAAGAUAAUACAUACCUAGUAUCAGGAGAAUUUAUUAGAAUUGUUCGAUGUUGCUGCUGUGUAGUGUUCACCCUCAGUGAAUUGCUUAUGUACUAACAAAUAUAGUAGAGAUUUAAACCUCGGACUUCAAACGAAAGGAUACAGAUAUUAAGAUAAAAGGAGAAAAUAUCUAAUCAAUUUGAUUGGGUUGUCUGUCUUGUUCAA